CAGCGAACAUCGCCGUGUGACAAAGUUCGCCCGGGAUUUUCUAGCACAUAAGGGGACUCAGAGAGAGAGAGAGAGAAACCGAGAGAGAAGACAGCAAAGGCAUGGCUAACAAAGCGCAGCAGCCUCCUUACCUCCACCUGGCCGAGCUCACGGCCUCCCAGUUCCUCGACAUCUGGAAGCACUUCGAUGCUGACGGUAAUGGCUACAUCGAGGACAAGGAGCUCGAGAACUUCUUCAGAGAGCUGGAGAUUGCAAGGAGAGGAGCAGGUGUGGACCCCACAAAUGCAUCUUUUAGAGAGAAGAUGAAAGAUUUCAUGCAGAAAUAUGACAAGAACAAAGAUGGCAGGAUUGAGAUGUCAGAGCUGGCUCAGAUCCUGCCAACGGAAGAGAACUUCUUGCUUUGCUUCAGACAGUUUGUGGGCUCCAGCUCUGAGUUCAUGGCGGCCUGGCGAAGGUACGAUACAGACCGCAGUGGCUACAUUGAAGCAAAUGAAUUGAAGGGCUUUCUCUCAGACCUUCUUAAAAAGGCUAACAGACACUAUGAUGACCAGAAACUGCAGGAAUACACACAGACUAUUCUCAAGAUGUUUGAUCUGAACGGGGAUGGAAAGUUGGGUCUCUCUGAGAUGGCAAGGCUUCUACCAGUUCAGGAAAAUUUCUUAUUGAAAUUCCAGGGCAUCAAACUGACUGCUGAGCAGUUCAACGCCAUCUUCACAUAUUAUGACAAGGAUGGAAAUGGCUACAUUGAUGAGCAGGAAUUGGAUGCCCUCUUGAGGGACCUCUAUGAGAAGAACAAAAAGGAGGUGGACACUAAGGACCUAACCGGAUAUAAGAAGAGCAUCAUGGCCUUGUCAGAUGGGGGUAAACUGUACCGCUCGGAGCUGGAGAUUGUGCUGUGCCGGGAGCCUAUGCUGUGAAUCUAGACCUGCCUGGAUUUCAUCUCACCUCUCUCAGCUGCCUGACUACUGUAACCAUGUGCAUGUGCCGGGCACCCCUCCCCUUUUCCCUUUACAUGCGUUUUGAAUGAAUGUGCACUGCAAAGCACAAAAAACCUGCCCCUCCUGCCCCCUGUCCACCUGCCCAAUCCACACUGUCCUAAGUACAGACCGUUCCAGCUACGGUGUUGCCCUCUGCUGCGUUUUUAAACUAUACAUUUAAAAGAAGAGUUGAAAGAAUCGUACUGAUAAAAGAGAUUUUAACGGUAUGAAUAAGAGUAUGAUGUAAUUAUUUAUUUAUUUAUUCACUGAUUUAUUUAUUUAUUUAAGUCCUUGGUUUGAGCUGCAUCUCCUGGGUUUUCCUCCUUCUUUGCCAGGUUUUACUUCCUCUUCGGUUUGAUCCCGCCCUCUCCAAGUCUUUAUUCCAUUCUCACCCGGUUCUGUUUCGGGUCGUGCCGUUCUCUUUCUUUGGCUGAUACUGUUAUAGGAUGUUACUGAGAGCAUUAAUAAAAGAUAUGUGAAGAACAGGA